UAUUUAACUGAACUCACACAAUUCAUAAUCAGAUUAACUCAUGAUCAUGGAACCCCAGUUUUGUUAUUAUAUCAUAUUUCUUGAAAAAUUCAUACGACUUUAUUAUAGGCCUUGUGGGUAUCCAGCUUUACAACAUAAAGGCCUGUGAGACCAUCUCUUUUAUUCUUGAUUUUAUACAAUAACUAAGACACAUCUAAAUGUGUUGUAAACAAAUCUAAACAUUAUCAAUGUUAAGUUUGCCAGUCUGAGUAGAUUUUUAAUCGAGUUCAUAUCCGACGCACCACCUUUUGCCCAACCAGAAGCCGAAUCAAACUAACUAGAAACCGUAUCAAACGAUUACUGUGCCUCGAUAAACAAUAAUGCUACACGUACGAAGGAAUACGGGGUUUUACACAAAACAGCUGGAAACCCCGCCGGUAAUAGAUCAGGCACGCCGAACUGAAAAAGAGAAGCGGCGAUGGCCGCCGGCUGGUCCUCCCUCCCCGCCGAUAUUCUCAAUGAGAUCUCGGGUCGCCUGAACACCGACGCAGACCAGCUCCACGCCCACCAGGUAUGCGCCCACUGGCGAGCCUCAAUUUCUCCUCCGGUCGCCUACCGCCCGUGGGUCGUCGCCGCCCGACAGGCCCCCGACGGACUGAGCCCAGUCGGCGAGUACUCCCUCCAGCUCCCUCGCGGCGUCCCGGGCGUCGACUUCAAGGCGGCCCCACCCGGCCUCCCGUACUGCUGCGGCACGCCUCGCGGCUGGCUCGCCCUUGCGGACGAUGUCCGAUCCCCCACGCGGCUCGUGCUGUGGGAGCCCCACUCCGGCACCGAGAUCCCGCUUCCAUGCCUGUCUUCAGUCAUACAGGUCUUCCUUUCCGACGACCCGCUCGAGUCGUCGCACUGGAUGGCCGUCGCGACCCAGCUCAGACGGCCCCGGGCGCAUAUCAUCUUCUUCUGGCGGCCCGGGGACGCCGCCUGGAGCGGCCCGGCCAAGGUUCCUUGUGCAAAACUCCACAGCGUCGAAUUCCACGCGGGGAACAUAUACUGCAUAGACCGCAUGUCUAACCUGUCCAUCUACGAUCUCAAGCUCGGCACAACGUCUCCUCCCGUGCUCCUCGAGUGCUUGGGCAUGUCCCCUAGUCAGUUGUCAGAGUCGUUGGUUACCCGCAUGUCUGUCAAGGAACGCGUGCGUGCAGUGCACGUCGUGGCCUGCCGUGGCGAGCUCCUGCUAGUGCUGCUGUUCCACGGCCGCCACCCGUCCCUCAUGGAAGUCUACAGGCCGUCGUGGACGCUCGGAUGCGCCUUCCAGGUCGGUGAGAGGGUGACUGACCUCGGCGGCUACACGCUCUUCCUCGGCCGUGGCGACGCAGUUGCACUGUCUGCCAAGGAGUACCCUGCGAUCAGGGGGAAUUGCAUUUACUACCUGGUGCACAAUCUCCCCAAGUACAGGAAGCAUUGGGCAAUCGUGUUUGAUCUGGGGACGGGGGAUGUGGACGAUAUACCUUACCCUGAGGUGCACAAGCAGGAGAAUGGUUGCUGGCCAUACUCUUGGUUCUGUCCUCGAAGGCCCUUCCUGAAGAAGCAGUUAGCUUGAGCAAUAAGCAGGGACUUUGAAAAUUAGUCUUCAGAAUAAGCUUCUUUGAAUAGGGAAUUUCCUUAUGAAAUUCCUGUUGUAACUGUUUAAACCAUAGGAUUUCGUUAUGAACUUCCUAUUGUAACUGUUGAAGUGCAGAAUUUUCUUAUAAAUUUCCGAGAUUAUAUCAAAA